CAAGCCCUCGACCACUUCAAGCCCUCGACCACUUCAAGCCCUCGACCAAGCCCCCUAUGUCUAUGGCCCUUCCACCCUCGCGGUGAGUAUGCAACGCCGAGCACAGUUGUAGGGUCCUGAUAUCAAGUAGAGGACGUGAUGAAGGUUGCUCGCAGCUCACAAACCUAAAAACCAUGUUGAUUCAGGACGCAUCAACGAGGCCCCAUGAUUGCGAAACCCCACUGCAUCUCGUUCCACGGCUGCCCAUCGAGCUCUGCGAGAUGGUCAUCGAUCACAUAGCACUCCUCUCCACCCACAUAUCUUUCGAAUUCGAAUGGACACGCUUCGAGGCACGUGAAUGGCGGAUUACGCUCAUCGCUUGUGCGCAUGCUUGUAAAGGAUGGUACGAUCGCAGCAUGUACCAUCUCCAAAGGAACGUAUGGCUAUCGGAUCGCGAGCAAGCUGUAUCUCUUUCCAAUCACCUUCGCCGACAUCAUCACCUGGGAGCCGCUAUCAGACAUGCCAUUUUCCCUGAGCCAGCGCCAGGCCUUUACACACUGAUCCCCCACUUCACCACCUUCGUACUAAUGCUUGCACGGCGGAUACCAAAUAUCACGUCCUUGACCCUAAUCAAAGUCAUUUGGAAAGCGUCAUCCAUGCAUGCCUAUGUCUUCGAGUGUCUCCCAGUGCACUCCACCAUAACGCAUCUCCGACUCUACAAAGUGAUGUUUGAAAAGCCUUCCCAAUUCGCAUCACUAAUCUCGGCCAUCCCUAACCUUCGUCACCUCACCUGCGCUUUCACUGGAUGCCUAAACAAAUACUGGCAGUCACCAUCUCGUAUGCCGCGCGCGCGUGUAUGCGAGAUAGUGUUGUUUAACACUGACCACGACGUUGCCAACGUUCUUGCCGAAUUCAACUCAAUUUCUUCAACGGUGGAGAUCUUGUCUUUCCAUGCCAGUCACACUGCCAGUGGCAGUGCUUUUCCCGGGCGGGGUCUACUGGUCACGCAAGCAGGCCAAAAACUACUCAAUGCAUUUGGUGCAUCGCUGCGGAGUGUUGAGCUUACAGAUAGAGACGGUUGGGCCGAGACUCGGACGUUCAGCCUCUCUCGGCAGUCUAACUUGACAACGUUGGUCGUGACGCACCUUUUCACAAGGUGUCCCAACCUCGCCCGGACCUCUGCAGCUCUCUCGACGAUUAUCUCCACGUCCAUAUCCUCAAUCCACAUCCGCUACACCCACGAUCGUCUAUGGGCGUUCCGAGAAAAUCUGUGGGAUCUAGUUCCCCCUUUCGAUGAAGAACAAAACAAAGCGAACAUUGACGCCGCCCGGAAUAUCGACGAGAUCCUCUCGGGUUCGAUCUUUGCAAAGUUCCCCCCGAGCAGUGUUCGUUUCGAACUCGAGUUGAUGACCGCCAACGACGCAGAUAUCGCAGCGGAGCAGAAAGUCGGCGAGGGAAAUUGGGAGCGGUUCUUGUCCCAGAACAUGCCGCGCGCUGCUGCAAGGGGAAUUCUGGACUGCGCACUGAUAUUAGUCAAAGAGGCUGUGACAGUCCUGCCGGUAACUUCUUCGCCUUCGAAUGUCUGGGCGAAGGAGUACUCAAAGCAUAUUUUGAAUGCGUCUCACGCGAAGGUGGACCCGGCUCCGGAGGCGGAUUGAGACGCAGACUUGGACACGAAACUCGAGAUACGGAUGCACUCGCUACCUAAUGCACACUUGUACGCUGAUACACCAGCCCAUACCCACGCAUGAAUGAUGCUGUUCAUCAGACAUCGCACCACUAGUCUAGCCCAGCAGU